AUGGGCGAUCUGUUAACGGACGCAGAGAAAUGCGGUCGAGCGUUGACGGAGAUGAAAUCGGCGCUGCGAGAGCGUGACGAACUGCGAAGUCAAAACCGAGAGCAGAGCUGUUUGCUGGCGGACCAAGAGGAAGAGAUACAGCGGUUGGUGCUGCUGGUCAGAAGUCUGUCGGCGAAGCACGAGGGCCUGCAGGUAAGAAGGAGUGGAAGAGAAAAAUCGUCUAAACACAAUAACAGCCUCAAACUUUACGAGCAGGUAAAGAUGAAGGGAACAAUCGAGAGCAUGCGGCUAGAGAUAGACGAGAAAAACUGCAAGAUAUGCGAAUGCGAGGCACAGCUUUCGUCCGUGGAGAAAGAGGUCGACUGCCUCAACGUCAAGCUGAAGAACAGCCUGAACAGCAUGGACGAGUUCAAGAUCGCCUAUCAGGAUGCCUGCAACUGCGCAGACCUGGACCGAGACAUUUACUCGCAGGCUAAGAGCGCCCUUUGCAAACUAAACCAGACAAUGACGGAACUCAAGGAGUAUAAAUUGGAGAGGGAGAACCUGCUGCGACAGAUCGAGGAAAUGAAGUACAACAAAAACCACAUUAACAAUAACCUCAACAGAUUCUGCUGUCAGAAUUUUAUCGCAGCGGAAAAUGAGAUACGCAGAAAAGGUGACGUCGGCGAUUUGGGGAUCCUGGAUUUGCGGAAACGAAAAUGUGCGUUGCGGGAAGAGCUUGAGGAGGUAGAAAAGGAGCUUCAAGAUCGACUGGGAAAUCGUGGUCGGGAAGCCGUUGGAUUGGACGAGGACCUGGACGUCGUGGCGUCAGCGAAACGGACGAUAAAUCGACUGAAUAACGCGAUGCUGGACCUGGACGCAUGGGAGUACGAAAAGGCCAGUAUGCAGGAGACGAUAGAACGGUUGAAAAUUCAGGUAUCGACGUUGAGCGGAAAAGAGGAAAACGGAGACGGUGAGAACGUCGAGAGACGCAUCGUCGACCAGGCCUCAAACUCGCUGGCGAAGCUAAGCCGACUGUUUGCGGAGCUCAAGCAGUACCAAAUGGAACGUGAAGUAAUGCAGAACAAAAUCAAGAACCUUACCGAAGCUUUGAAGGAUUCGCGAUCGGCAGAGGGGUGCAAGGGAAUAACAAUGCUUAAGGAACGGCUGCGCGAUCUGCGUAUUGAAAACGAGAAGGAGCGCUUGGUGCAUGCCGAGAACAUAAAAAGCUUGCAGGCGAGACUGGAAGAGGCCGAAAACACGUCGGGCUGUUCGGGUGUUAAAGCUCUGAGACAGAAACUGCGGGAGUCGCUGCAGGCUACCGGCACAGACGUAAAGGUCGAUCAAGCUCUGGCGAUUCACGUGAAGAAGUCGAUCGAGAGGCUCGAAAAUUUAUCGAAGGAGAUCAAAGAGGUCGACGAAGAGCGCGUCGAGAUUGUUAAAGAGAUUGCCAAGCAGCAGGAAGAGAUUCAGGUUAGGAACGUGGAGAUUAUGAGACUAAAGAAGCAGGUGGCUCAGGAAACUGCGAAGCGUCGAGGUGAAGGAGAUCGCGCUGAGGAAGGCCUGCAGGAGCUUGAGGGGACGCGGAACGAACUUGUAGAGAAAAUCAGAACCAUACAGGAGCUCGAGGACCAGCUUCAGUCCUGGCAGUUUCAGUUACUUGGAUCUAACAAGGAGCAAGCUUCACUGAAACAGCGAAUAAAAGCAAUGGAAGACGAGAAAAUCGAACUCCUUGCUCGUAACGAUGAGAUGGCGAAGAAGCUCGAGUCAGCAGACACCGAAAUGUCCUCCCUUAUAAGUAAAGUCACUUCAUCCGAAAGGAUUCGCGCAAAUUUGAACCAACUCGAAGCUCAGUAUUUCAAAUGGCACACUAAUCUUGUGAUCCAUGGUCUAUUUCACAGAUUGCUGUCACUGCAAAGCAAAAACGAGAAACUGAUUGGAGAGGUAGCGACAUUGAAGGGUAUUUUAUCUGAGAGGAAUAACGAUAUAGAAGCGUUGAUUGAUAAGAGAGCAAAGGAGAGUGAGACGACAGAGCGUAACGCAGCUGUGUACGAGAUGAAAUUAGCGACGUGUCGGAAAGAAUUUGACCGAGUAUUCCGAGCGAACAAAAGUUUGACCGCAAAGCUGGUCGAGGCGGAGGGCAAGAUUAGCGACAUGAACAAAUUGAUAUCCGAAUUCGAAGGAGAUCGAGCAAAGCUGGAACAGGUAUCGAACCUGCAGCGUGAAAUAACGAAGCUGACGAAGGACAAGCGCAAGCUCGAAAGCGAGCUACGGGGCUCGAAAAAUCAGCUCGGAUCGCUGGAGGCCUCGAACAAGAAACUGGAGGAGGACCUGAACCGCGUCUUUGACGACAAUGAGGGCCUCAAGCUCGAGAUCGAGAAGCUCCACGGCGAGAAUGUCAGGCUGUCGUCUGAGCUAGUCGGCGAAGUUUCGGCCAGGGAAAAGCUCGCCAGACUUCCCGAUAAGCUCACCAACGACAUUUCAGCCCUCAAACAGCGACUCCAUUCCACCGAAGUUCGAGCCUCCAACAUUCUUCAGGAUCUUCAGAACAGGAUCGAACAACUUCAGACCAAACGCAACGAGGACGCUGUUCUCAUCAACGAACUUCAGCGACAGAAUAAAUUCCAGAACGAGAAGGUGUCAAUCUGCGAUGAGAAAUUGGCGGUUCUGGAAAAGGCGAACAGUGAAUUGAAGAACGAGUUGAAUAAGCGACUGGAAGAAAUAAAAAAACUCAGUGUAAAGCUGAGGAGUAUUGAAGCUCUGGAGAAAAGCAGUCAGUUCAUGGUGACUAAAGGGGAUAACAAGGAUGUCAACGACGAAUCGAAUAAUCAAAUUGUUCCGGAUAAUGAGAAGACCAGCCACAAGCUCGAUACAGUGGCGGAAUUAACGUGCCGGCUCAAUCACGCCGAGAAUGAGAACAAGCAAAGGCAAACUGAGAUGCAGAAGCUUCAGUGCGACGUAAAGUCGAAAAACGCCGAAAUAAAUUCACUAAGAGAAAAUAUCAAGUCGCUUGCCGAGGAAAGGGACGCCCUUAACGAAAUUAUCAAGAACAAGGAGAUCCAGAACAGUCAGAGAUUACAGGCUGUGAAAAUGACUUACGAAGGGACUCUGAAGGUGCUGUAUGAAAACCACAACGAGAGUAUCGCGAGGCUUCAGACACAGUACGAGGACGCGAUUAAGGACAGUGACUAUUUCGACCCCGAAAGCUGGUUGCGGUCAUUGAGUUCGAAAGAGCUCGCCGAGCUUCACGAUCGGAUCUGCAUGACAAUUUCUUGCUCGAUAUCAAAUGAGCAGUCUAAACCAGACAAUUCGGAAUCAUCGGUAACCAGUUUGCAACGAAAUUACCAACAGGAUCUGAACGAGAAACAUCAACUCAACAAGAGGAUAGCUACUCUCGAGAAUGAGAUUGUUCAAAUUGAGCAAGAGGCUCGUCAAAAAGUGUACGAACUCGAGAUAGUGAUUGAGCAGGAGAAGAAGCGGUCUCAAGAAAUGUCGGAAAUGGUGGCAAAAGAGCAGCUGAGAAAUGCAGAAUUGCAGAGGCGGCUGACGUUGUCAGGAGGCGUUUCUAGUAAGAAUCAGUUAUCCGAUGGGAAGACUAGUAAUAUUAGUAUCGAAAGAAGCAAAUCGAUACAACUCGAUGGAAGUGCCGAGUCAGAAAAAGACAUUUUGCGUCGUCAGUCCGCCUACAAUCAGGAUCGAGCUGAUAAUUACGGAGUGUUAUUGGAGCAGCAACGGAAAAUAGUAAAGAAUCUCGAAAUGGAACUGAUGGACGGUUCGCCGAAGGAGAAAGUGUUCGAUUGGCGCAAGAAGAAUUUCAUUCACCAGUGCAGCACGUAUAAAAAGUAUGAAAAUGAUUAAUGGAUGGUGAUUUUUUUUUUUAGUACGAUCGAAGAUAAUGCGAAAAAGUAGUAAAUAAAAUAAUACUUGCGAUAAUAAAUCUACACAGCCAAUAAAAUUUGGAAACCAAAAUUUCUGUUGAUAUUUUUUUUUGUU